GAGAGGGACAGUGGACCAGUGCAAACUGCGACGCGUAUCUUUUCAUCACACGUGUCUUUCAUGGCGGUUCUGUUACUGCCACCUCUGUACUCUUCACUUACUCCCAUACCUCCUACACUUAAAACCCUUCUCUAGACUCUAGUUAAGUAGUUAUCUCUCUUUCUCUCUCCUAACAACCGCUAUCAUUUCUGCAACUGUCAGAGAACUGAAACACCCUCUCCAUUCUCUCACAAUCAUAGACAUGUAGUGCAGAUACUCGGAGAACUGCUGGUAAAAGUACUGGGUCAUUCAGAAGUUGUGGCUGCUGCUGGUCGUGUAGCAUAAUUUUUCGUCCUGAAGCUCAUGUUUUUACUUGCUAUGAGGAGCCUUUGGUUAGCGAUUGUUACUUGGAUGCAGCUUUUGGGAGCGAUAGUUAGCUGGCACACAAAUUUGUGUUGGAGAAUUAUUUUGUGCACUGUGAACAUCACAACUCUUCCUAUACGAGCUGUGGGUGCACUCCGAAGAGUGAAAAAAAUGGAGAGGCUUCUCCAGGAGAUGCAAAGUGAGCUAGACAACCUCUCAUGGGAUAACGAUAAACUUGCGGCACAUUUGAGGGUGGCCAUUAAGGAACAUCAUCUCAUGGAGUCGAUGUUGGCUGAAAUAGAAGAGGAGCAUGACAAAGCUAUUUAUAAAAUUGAAUUCCUUGAGCAAGAGGUGGAGCACCUGAAAGAUGAGAAUCUUAGACUGAAGGAAGUUCAGACGAAGGGGAUGUGGGACCCAGCCCUAAAAACUGAUAUAGGAGAUGGGCGAAUGACAAGUGAUCCUGAAAGGUACGGCUUUGAUGGAAGUUCUUGGCAGCCAAGCAAAAGUGGAGAUGACAACUUGCUAGGAGAUCCCCUGUUGCAAAAAAAAUCCCUCGAUAACGAGAGACAACUCAAAGCGAGCCGGAUGAAUCCUGUUGGGCUUGUGGACCCACUUACACCAUUGAUUUUCUCGAGAGAUGUAGAUGCAGACGCAGCUCUUGAUCAAAGAAGGGAGGUUGCGCUGUCACAGAGUCUUUUUAGUGCCUUGUUAUCGCUCUUGGUUGGAGGGAUUAUCUGGGAAGCCAAAGACCCGUGCAUGCCCCUUGUGAUGGCGCUCUUCAUGGUGGUGGGAUUGUCUCUAAGGAGUGUCGUGCAGUUUUUCUCAACUAUACGAAACAGACCCGCUUCUGAUGCGGUUGCACUUUUAAGCUUCAACUGGUUUGUCCUUGGUACACUUUCGUAUCCUACAUUGCCAAAACUCGCCCAUAUGCUGUCACCUGUUAUUGCUACCUUUGUUGAGCGCGGGCUUGGAUUUGGAUUUGGCUCCGGCUCCUUGUAGUACUGUAGUUGGUAGAUAUUGCAGGCAGCCAAUACUUUUGGAUGUGUAUGUCAUGAUUUUUGUCCUCUAAGGGGGACAGUCCAUGAUUAAGGUCUAUUGAGGUGGGAGUUUCGUCUCUCUAUCUUCAUCCCAUCCCUUGUUUUUUCUUUUGGCCUUUGCCUAGAAAGUUGUACAAGUGGUUUUUAUAGUCAUAGACAUAGUUGUAUAUAGGUUUUUCCUUUUGCCUUUCUUUCCUUACUUUGCAUUCACUAUUUCACGUUGUACAAGACCCCAUAUUUCUAUUAAGAUGUGGGUGGGAUAUGCAAUUUUCUUAUUUCAUA